UGUGAUAUGUUUUCACAGCAGCCUUUAUUUAUGUUUAAAUGAAGGUGUGUGAAAAGUUUACCCCACAGUAAUGGCUACACAAAAACAUUCUGAGUCUUCACACACUGUGCUUGAGUUAACUGACAUUGGAGUUUCAUAUAAUCUCCAUUACACCAUGACAGACUCCAAUUCCCAGUACGUUAUUCCAAAGAGCACUGAAGUUGUGCUCUUAGACUGUAAGGAAGCAUUUGAUGGCUUGACACCAGAAGAGAAACUGUAUGCACAUUAUCUAGCUCAAGCUAGCUUUAAAGGUGGCCUUAUUGUUUUAUUUCAGACAUCACCAGAAUCACCUGGUAUAUUUUUGUUACUCCAAAAAUUGUUCCGUGCCCAAGCGCCAGAAGAGAUUUCAACACUUGCUCAAUCUAGUGGUUUAACUAAUGAAGAUGUUGAGGCUUUUUUCAUCUAUGCUGCAGCCUUUUACAACAACAUGGGGAACUACAAAUCUUUUGGGGAUACUAAAAUUGUACCAGAAGUUGAUAAGACAAAAUUAGAGGCAUUGAUCAAAGCCAGUAAAGCUUACCAACAAGAUCCUGCUACUGUACAGCGUCUGUGGGAUGAUGUCAAGGAUCGCAUGUACUCACUAGAAGGAAAGCAGAAGGAGUUGGGCCUUGGUGAGAAAGGAACAACCACAUAUUUCUCAGGAAAUUGUGAUGAAAAGGAUGCCAAACUUGCUCAACAAUUUCUUGACAAAAAGGAAAUCAGUCCAUACAAUACAAGGUUAUUUAAAAUAAUAAAUCCAUCUACAAAAGAAGUUGAGUAUGAGGUUAGACUAGCCUCAAGCUCUGAAGAUGCUGAAGCAACACCAGACCCAAAAUGGUCAGUUUUAGGAGAGUAUGAUUUUACUCCAGAAGGGGAAGAUAAAUCAUACAAGUUUAAGGUUACAAGGGGAGACUAUUCAUCUUUAAUGGCUCUUCUCAAUGAAGAGUUGGCAAAUGCACAGAAACAUGCAGCUAAAGAAGUGGAGAAACAAAUGCUUGCUGAGUACAUAAAAAGUUUUUCCACCGGUUCUCUGCCUGCUCACAAAGAUGGCUCCAGACAUUGGAUUAAAAAUAAAGGCCCAAUUGUUGAAACAUACAUAGGUUUUAUUGAGUCAUACAGGGAUCCAUAUGGUGUGAGGGGUGAAUUUGAGGGUUUUGUAGCAGUAGUCAACAAAGCAAUGUCAGCCAAGUUCACUAAGUUGGUUGAAAAUGCUGAAAGGCUUUUGACCCACCUCCCCUGGCCAGCUGAGUAUGAGAAGGACAAAUUCCUGACACCAGACUUCACCUCGCUGGAUGUCUUGGCAUUUGGCGGAAGUGGUAUCCCAGCUGGCAUCAACAUUCCAAACUAUGAUGAAAUCAGACAGUCUGAAGGUUUUAAAAAUGUUUCACUAGGCAAUGUUUUGAGGUCUGGUUACAAGGAAUCUAAAAUUACAUUCUUAAGGGAAGAGGACAAGGAAUUAUACACCAAAUACAAGAUCCAGUCCUUUGAAGUUCAGGUUGGAUUACAUGAGCUGCUGGGCCAUGGAAGUGGGAAACUUUUUAUAGAGGAAUCUCCCGGCAAAUUUAAUUUUGAUAGCAAUGCAGUUGUGCACACAGAGACAAAAGAGAAAAUAACAAGCUGGUACAAGCAUGGGGAGACAUGGGACAGCAAGUUUUCCACCAUAGCAUCCACCUAUGAGGAGUGUCGUGCUGAGAGUGUUGGCAUCUACCUGUGUUUGUGGACUGAUGUUCUCAAAAUUUUCGGCCACACUGAAGAUGAAGCAGAUGAUGUCAUCUAUGUGAACUGGCUGAACAUGGUCAGAGCUGGACUCAUGGCGCUGGAGUUUUAUUCUCCUGAGACACGCUCAUGGAGGCAGGCACACAUGAAUGCCAGGUUUGUGAUCCUCCGUGUUCUGCUUGAAGCUGGGGAGGGUCUGGUCAAAGUUGAGAAGUUCACCGGAGAGGAUGGCAAACCUGAUCUCCGUGUAGUCUUAGACCGGGCUAAAAUUAACUCUGUUGGUAAACCUGCCAUUGGUGCCUUCUUGAGGAAACUCCAGGUGUACAAAUCAACAGCCGAUGUGGAGGCAGGAAGAAAAAUGUACCAGUUCUACUCAGACGUCAAUGACCAGGAUGAGCCCAAAUUCCUCAGCCUGCGCAGCAUUGUGAUGGACAGGAAACAGCCGCGCAAGCUGUUUGUCCAGCACCACACCUACGUUGAAGAUGGUGAGGUCAAGUUGAAAUCCUACGAAGCAUCUGCCGCUAGCGUGGUCCAGUCAUUUGUGGACAGGUUCCAGUCAGACGCCAUCGAUAAGGUCAUAGCUCAACUCUGGGAGAAAGAGAAGCCUUUCUACUGAGGGGGGCCCUAUUGAUGGGGACUCUACUGAGGGGGGCCCUAUUGAUGGGGUCUCUGCUGAGGGGGGUCCU